AUGUUGCAUAUACGCGCCUGCACGACAAGGAAAGUCCUUCUCUCCCUUUUUUUCGCCUCUCUUCAAGCCACAUCUGCACUCUCCCAGCCUGAAAGCACCCCAAGAAAGAGCAUCGCAGAGGCUGAGAAGGCACUCGCAGAUACUGCUGUCUUCAUCGUAUUCACAGCUCCUGUCUCGUGGGAAGCCCUCGUAUUUCAGACGUACGUCCAAAAAAGAACUGCAAGCGAAGCCUUUUCCCUCAGCAGAGAAGCCAUCUUCGAGAAUAUUGCAGCCCUGCAGAAGAUCUUGAAGGACCCGGACUUUUUCACCGUCGGAUUGAAAGCCCUUCUCACGAAGUACGAAAGAACCUACAUCCGAGGACACCCCAGCAGAAACAAGCUCUUCGAGGAAGACGUUGAAACUCCGCAAGUCGAUCGCAUGCAAAGAAAAAGCAUAACUGAAAAUUUGCAAAAACUUACGGGUUUAUCCCAGACGGAAGCAGCUCUCCUAAGGGAAGAUAUAGCGCAGAUUAUGAAGGAAGCCCGGAAACAGCCAGAUUCCCCCGUGUGGACUACGUAUAAGAGCGUGAUAGAGAAGGCCCUUCUAGCGAUGAAGAGCAAUGCCUCCGUGAAAAACAGCAUGGAAAUCAGCACGGGAGAAUUCAGCAGAACUGCCACGCAAUUGAUCCUGAAGAAGCCGAUUUCCCAGGGGAAGUUCAACCUGGAGAGAGCCCGAUUUAACCUGGGGGGAGCCGUAUACAGUCCGAGCCUGAUGCUGGAGAUAGUUGCGAAGUUGCAGGACGAGGAUAAAAGCAGGUUUGUUGAUGGCCUUGUAGACUCUCUCCUCCAGCCCCUUGAAGUCCUACGGGGGAAUCUCUCGGGAAGUUCUCCCUCGCAGGUGAAGGAGGAGAUUAUCCGGUACAUGCAGGCAGUGAGUGGGACUCUCUCCGUGUAUCCCCAGAAGAAGGAGAUUGCAGAGUCUCAGGCGAUUCGGUCGGAGUCCAUCUGCAGGCGGAUAAAGAACUUGCUCGAUAAGAAGCCAGUCUCCCAGCGGAUAGACGAGAUACAGAUAGGGAAUACGAAGAGAAUGGCUUCUGUCCUGCAGGAGGCAAGUCCCGAUCUCUUCAAGGAGUUCCUUCAGGUGGACCGCAGAAUAUCCGAGAAGUACAAGGCAUACAUCAAGACGGGGGGAGGAGACGAGAAAGUCCGGAAGGAGAUUGAAGCUCUUCUGGGGGUUCUCUAG